CUAAACGUUGCCCUUUCACUCCAUUGCAAAAUCAAAAUAUCUGAUUCAAUUUCCAUUCCACUGCUCCUUCUCCAAACAAUAUUGAAUCAGCUUUCUAGUUUCAAUUCUCCAGCUCCACUCCAGUCUCUCCCAAACCAGUGCAUUAUUCCUAAAAUCGGCGGCCGGCAACGUUCGAGCGAAUGGCGACCAACUGAGAGGAACGAACGAGACUGUGCGACGAUAAUCAAGAUGACGGACGAUCGACGGAUGCUGAGGAGAGACGAAAUCCGACCGACGGAGACCAAACAACGAACUGAGAGGACGACCGACCAACCGAUGACGACGACAGACAAUAUCCGACCGAGAAUCGAACAGAAAUUGGAAGAGGAAUUAAGAGGUGGUGUUGUUUUCAUUUUUGCAAACACGGCUCUCUAUUCAUCAUGGAAGAAGGGCGGUACAAUGCCGUUCAUAUUUGAUACAGUAAUGCUUCGGUCAUUUCUUCAUUUGCUCUAUGUAGUUAUUUCUAUAUUGUUUACCUCUCUUCACAAUUUGUAGGUAUUUGAAGAUACAAGUAAAAUAUGAAACACUUGAUAUUGAUUGUGCAU